ACACUGUUUGUCCAAUCUUUCAUGCGGAUUUUUCCGGCCGGGAGAAUUUUUCCAAUAAGUCUAUUUUAACGUUAAUGUUGUUGAUAAAAAUAUAGUGUUUCAUGCCCGUAAAAGAUCCCUGCAAGCCGUUCGCUUGUAAAAUUCAGGAUUGUUUAAAAGCUAACAGAUAUCAGCAAGAAAAGUGUGACUAUGCAAUAGAGGAAAUGAAAAAGUGCUGCCAAGUUUGGAAGGAUAAAAGUUUUGUUUGUCACGGAAUGGACUAUGAAGGGAAACCUUCCUCAUCAUGAAGCAGAGGGUAUUGAACAAUAAUCGAGGGCUCAUACAUAGUACUGAAGUUAUAGAUUGGGAACAAAUUAAAAGAGAGCACAAGUCUAGAUUUACCAAAAAAUAAGCAUGGAGUCAGUUCAAAAAGCUAAGAAUAGAUAUAGACAAUUCCCUAUGAUUUUAGCAAAGUGUAGUAAAGAAGCCACAAAUUAUGCUCAAUGUGUUUUGAAAAGAGACAAUGUUGCUUUAAAUGACUGUGUUGAGGAAUUUAAGAAUUUUAGAAGUUGCUUACAAAAAACUGCUUCCAACUUAAAAACUAGAAUUUAGUAAAUAAUUUU